GCUACGUCUUUCUAUUGCCAUUUCCCUGCCUGGCCUGCAACUCUUCCUAUAAAUCCAUGGCGUCCCCCCUCUACUAUUCCCUUCUUCCUCCAUCUUUCCUCUCCACUCCCUCAUAUUCAAUUCAAUUCUCCUUGCCUUUGCUUUGCUUUUCUGCAGUUCAGGAGAAGAGACGAUUUCGAGGUGUACUUUAUUCUCCUGGAACUUUUCCAGUGAGCUUUCGUGCAUUUCAUCUAUUCAUGCUUUACGAGAUGAGUUUUUGUGAAGCCUCUGCUUGAUGGACUGCUUACAAAGCAGCAGAGAUAAGAAAACAUUAAAGAGGUGGUUUUUCAUCGAUAAAAGAGUUGGAUAGAAGGAUUUUUAGUACCUCAUUUGGGAGAUAGAAGAUACAGUAAUUGUGUGUUCUGUUUGUCCGAAAGUCGUCUAAUCAUUAUGGAUUUGAAUCCGAUGGACGGUUCUCCUGUUGUUGCCGACCCUGCGCUAAUAAAAACACUUGGGGGUUGUUCUAGUCUUUUGCCUUAUCCGCAAUCAGGGCAAUCGUUCUCAACCAGUGUCUUUGUUGUUCCGAGGAAGAAACCUGGAAAGUUAGAAGAUGUUCGCGCCAACAGUUGGCUUGAUGCAAUGAAAUCAUCGUCGCCUCCUCGAAAAAUAAUUCUCAAAGAUUUCAGCAGCGCCGACAUUUCAGAUGAGGCCGACAUUUCUCAUCAAUCGUGGAUGAUAAAGUAUCCAUCAGCUCUCACAUCUUUCCACCUAAUAAUGGACCGCGCAAAAGAUAGGAAGUUAGUGAUGUUCUUAGAUUAUGAUGGCACACUUUCGCCUAUUGUCGACAAUCCUGAUCGAGCAUUUAUGACUAAUGAAAUGCGUUCUGCAGUUCAGGGAGUGGCAAAACAUUUCCCCACCGCCAUUAUCAGCGGAAGAAGCCGAGAUAAGGUUCAUGACUUGGUAGGACUAACCGAGCUUUACUACGCCGGUAGUCAUGGCAUGGAUAUCAUGUUUCCGGCUGGCGACACGGUAUCCAAAGACCAUCUAAACUGCGUCAAGUCUACCGAUGUUCAGGGAAAUGAGGUAACUUUAUUUCAGCCGGCUAGGGAAUUCUUACCGAUGAUUGAUGAGGUCUAUAGAACCUUUCUCGACAUCACCAAAGAUAUCGAAGGAACAAAAGUUGAGAAUCACAAGUUUUGUGUUUCCUUACAUUAUCGCAAUGUAGAUGAAAACAGUUGGCCCGUCAUCGUAGAGCAUGUUCACGGCAUCUUGAAGAACUAUCCUCGACUGCGGCUCACUCACGGACGAAAGGUUUUAGAGAUUCGACCGGUGAUCAAUUGGGAUAAGGGUAGAUCAGUCGAGUUUUUUCUCGAAUCAUUAGGAUAUACUAAUGAUAGCGACGUGCUCCCUAUUUAUAUUGGAGACGACAGAACCGAUGAAGAUGCGUUCAAGGUGCUAAGAAAAGCGAAUCGAGGCUACGGCAUUCUUGUUUCUAGCGUCCCGAAAGAAAGCUAUGCUUCUUUGUCUCUAAGGGAUACAUCUGAGGUUCAACGUUUCCUUGAGUCCAUCGUGAGAUCAGCACAACAGGGAUAAAUAGCGGAGGGCAAUCUGGUAAUUACACUAAUUGACCUUUCCAUUACUGUUCCUUUAAUUUCAGUAAUUAUUGUCUCUCUUUCGUUUACUUCUUAAAAGUAAUUUAUUUUUUCUUCAGAGGGCUUUUUUUUUUUUUUUUUUUUGGGUGUG